UGACAACAGGAGUAAACGUCUUUUUAAAACGUACAGGAUAUUAUUAUGUGUCCAGCUGGAAGGAACCCCCUGCCACCGAUAGUUUAUGAAAAUGAUGAGAGCUUUACACGAUUUAAGAAAAAAGGGCACAAAGUGUUCAACGUUCCACCUCAUUUGGCUCGCCUUGAAGACCCUUGGAACAAACUUUGCACGCGACAUACUCUUUCUAGUUUAAGACACACAGCAGAAUAUUUCGAUCCAGACGCUCCAAAUGAUGACCUUGAUUUCAGGUUGAAAUCUUACUACGAUCAACACAGACACUGGUGGAAGACCAAUGCUGAGGCAUUAUUACAGCUUGAAACACUAAACGAGACAAAAAGAAUACUUAAAAAUCGACCUGAAAAAGUGAUUGUUAAGCGCCCACUUCCAAGUCAACCAUUCCCAAUAUGGACAUGUGAAUGUAGAGAACGUCUUGAACACGUUUCAGAAGCAAUUGAUGCCAACCAUACCCAGGCAACAAAUGGUGGUUAUUCGAGGAAACCUGAUGGGAAUAAAUUUACUGCAUAAAAUGAGACAGAAAAUAGUCAGUGAGAGGGAGAAUAGUAGGGCUAAGUGAUGACAUUUCAAUAAUGAUGCUUCGCUGUGUUUUGUAUUGAUGAUCGGCCGAAAAAAGAUAUGUAAACAAAAAACGCUUCCAUGAAACAGAUGAUAAUUAAUUUUUGAAAUUUUGCCUUUAAAAACUAUUAUUCUUUCAGAUUACUUUCAAUAGCACUCAAUUAAUGAAUAGAGUGUAUUUUUCAAAACUGUGAGGUUUGUUUUUUCUCCUUCAAGUUCAUGAUAAAUCCUAAUGGAAUCCAA